UUGCUUGAAUUGUAGGCCGUUCAUGAUCAUGGUCAGCUUUAUUUCACAUGGAUGUUACUACACAAUUGCAGUUGUUAUUACUUUUUAUUAGCCAUGUAGCCCUUAAGUUUAAACUUUUAUGCAUUUAUCACAUCUUCAAAAUAGGCCUAGGCCUACCUGAACAUGCUAGAGGCUCUACAUCAAUGAAAGGUGCAGUCGAGGAUCGCAUUCGCUUGGCAGUCAUCAAUCUGUCACAACUGCACUGACACUGUAAUGGGACUUUAAGUUUAACACUAGGCCUACAGUGUUCUGUUUCUGGCCACCACGUUCUUGCCACCAUUCUAAAAUAUUCCACCUCACUUUAUGCGGCAGUCUGCCAACAUCGGCCCCAUGAUGAAGGCUGCAGAGAAGACGGCUGUCAUGCUGGGUCGUAAGCAAGCCCAGCCAGGCCGGAUGUUUGCCCAUCAACAGUCACUGUCCCGCUUGCCUGUACCACCUCUCCAGCAGACAUUGUACAAGUAUCUACUGGCCAUUAAGCCUAUACUGAGUGAGGAAGAUUACGAGGCAACUAAGAAGAUUGUGACUGAGUUUGGUAAGCCUGGAGGCUAUGGGGAAUCUUUGCAGAUGGCGUUGAUUGAAAGAUCACAGAAAAUGGAUAACUGGCUUUCAGAGUGGUGGUUGCACAAGGCGUAUCUUGAGUUCCGCUCCCCUGUGGUAAUUCACGUUAGUCCCGGCGUCGUCUUCCCCCGAGAGAACUUCAGGGGUGUUGACGGGCAACUGGAAUUUUCAGCCAGGUUCAUCGCAGGGGUCUUGGAUUUCAAACAACUGAUUGACAGUGACUCGUUACCAGUUGAUUACAUGGGUGGCCAGCCCCUGUGUAUGGAUCAGUACCACAGGAUCCUGUCAUCCUGUCGGGUACCAGGCGUCAAGAAGGACUCCGUUGCUACCUUCCCACCAUACAAGCCAGACGCUCCCAGACACAUCAUCAUUGGUCACAACAAUCAUCUGUUCUCAUUGGAUGUCUACGACUCACAAGGCAAGCCCCUGCCAAUCAGUGAGAUCCACACAAAGCUGAAGGAGAUUGUAGCAGCUUCGCCGUUCCCUGCUGUUCCAGUCAAUAUCCUGACAUCAGAGCACCGCAACACAUGGGGUAAAAUCUACAAGAAGAUGUCCAAAGACAAAGUUAACCGGGCCUCGUUUGAAGAGAUCAAGAGAAGCAUUUUCAUGCUUUCCUUAGACAAGCCCACCUACUCUGAGCUUGACGAGCAGACACAAAUAGAGAGCUUUGGUAAUCAUUGUGCCAAGAUUGCUCUGUAUGGUGGAGGAAGUCGGGCCAACAGCUGCAACAGGUGGUUUGACAAAACCAUACAGUUCAUGAUCGGAACCGAUGGAGAGAUCGCUCUGCAGUAUGAGCACUGCACAGCAGAAGGACCACCCAUCACAGCCAUGAUUGACCACAGUCUACACUACGCGCACAACCCUCCUUCAGAGUCAUCAAGGUCAUCGUCAGUUGCUAGAUCAAGUCCCAAGAGGUUAGAGUUUAAUCUGGAUCGAGAGACUUUGGAGGCCAUUGAAGAUGCCAAGGUUCAUAUUGACAGUCUGGGCAGUGAUGUACAGCUCUCCUGCUUUUCCUUUGAGCCAUUCGGCAAGGAUUUUUGUAAGAGUCAGAGGCUCAGCCCAGAUGCAUUCAUACAGCUCUCUAUCCAACUGGCGUUCUUCAAACUCUAUGGUCACUCUGCUGCAACCUACGAAAGUGCUUCAUUGAGGAAAUACAAAUUUGGUCGAACUGACACCAUUCGAUCAGCCACCAUUGAUUCGGAUAUCUUUGCCCGAGCCAUGUGUGAUAGCAUAAAAAAGCCAAGCGAGAAAGCACACCUUUUGAGGAAGGCCAUCCAAGCUCACAGGGAAUACACAGAGGCAGCCAUCAACGGAGAUGCAAUCGACAGGCAUCUACUUGGCCUAAAGCUGGUCGCCAUUGAGCAAGGCAAGAAUGUGCCUGAGAUAUUCAUGGAUACAUCCUACACUGCCGCCAUGCAUUUCCGCCUGUCAACAAGCCAGGUUCCAGCAAAGCAUGACCUGACUAUGAUCUUCGGCCCUGCUGUUCCAGACGGUUACGGCGUCUGCUACAACCCCCAGGAUGACCACAUCAACUUUGGCGUGACGGCCUUCAACACUGUUCCAGAGACCGACUCAGAGAAAUUCUCACAGAAGCUCGCUGAAAGCUUGCUAGAUAUGCAGCGAGUCUUGAACAAGGUGCCCCCACAUGCUAAACUGUAAAACAAAAUGACACAGUCGUUAGUGUAAACUAACUCUCUCCAUUGUCACCCUUUUUAGUGCACCUACAUGUACCUGUAGAUCAAGUUGGCAUCUUGAUAAACCAGUAGAUAUAUGGUGAUAAAGGAUAAUUCAUUUAGCACCUUUGCAGCUUUAGAUUUAGACAUCCACAUACAGUUAAAGUCUGGAAAGAAAACUGAAAAAGAUAUUUAAAGCUAAUGCAAUUGGAAUUUCUUUCAAUUUUUACUCGCUCUCCAAAGACUGUAAAUGUUUUAACGACUGAACUCUCUCCAGUGUUCUUAUUUGUAAAAUGAACUUAUUUGGUGUUAAACAAAUCAAGAGCAUAUUUCAUUUUUUAGCUCUGAACUGAAAGGCAAAGUUCUACAACCUUAGGAAGAAAAUCAGUCCAUUGUAUUUUAUGUGUGAGAAUUCUUGUACAGAACUAUGUAUAUUUUAAUAGUAUAUUACGUUUGAUUUUAGACUGAAAUGUAUAGCAAUUUAACACGGCUAGAUACCUGAUUGGAGGGAUAUGAAUAAUCUGUCCACCUAAAACACGCUUUCAUGAAAAUUGGACCACAUCAACAUCCUUUUUCCAAAGUAAACCAGCUAUAAACACUUGAUGGGCAAAGUAUAAAUAGUAAUUUGCCAAAUCUAUACAAAAAUGACUGUUAAUUCAUUAUUCAUGCAAAAGUGCACCUUAUGUGAUGCAUGUAUACGAUUGUUGAUGUGGGGACUGGCAUUUUGUAGUCAUUGCCUCAGUUUUUUUAUUUUAGUGCAGAAUUUAUCCUGACAUUUUUGCUCUCGACCUGAGAAACAUACUAACUUUUGAAGGGCAGAAUUUUGUGAAACUUAAUCAACACCCCUUCCAAAUAAAGGGACAAGUUUAUGAAUGAACAACAGGACAAUCCUAAACUUGUCAGCGAAUGUUCAAAUAUAUAUCAAAACCCAAAAUCACUUGGAUUUUACAUUGUGCAUACUCCACAGUAAUUGUGUUGGUUGUUUAAACUGCCUCUCACAAUUAGGUCUUGAAAAUAAGGAUAGAUAGCAUGUACCGCUGAAGCAAAAAACAAUGCAAGAUUAUUUAUAAUUUGUCUGCAUGUGAACAUCUUAAUAAACUUUGAUUUUAUCGUA